UACCUUCAGAAAUUAAUGGCCAUGAGUUCGUAUAUGGUGAACUCUAAGUAUGUGGAUCCCAAAUUUCCUCCCUGCGAGGAAUAUUCACAAAAUAACUAUAUACCUGAACAGGGCUCGGGCUACUUCAGUCCAACGCAGGACACAGACUUUCAGCAUCCAGGGAUCUACCCACGGUCAAACUACACGGAGCAGCCCUUCAGCUGCAACACUGUGCAGGACUCCACAGUGCAGCCACGGGGUCAUGUGCACGCGAGAUCCAGCCGCUCGAGUUCUUUUAGCGCAGAGACUGAACCGGGGCCCCCGGUCCAAGUGCCUGGGUCCCCGGUCCAAGUACCCGGCCCCCCGGUCCAAGUGGCUGGACCCCGGACUUGUGGACAGCAGCAAAACACAAAGAGCCAAAAUGGGAUACAGUCCAAGCAGCCUGCAGUAGUUUACCCCUGGAUGAAGAAAGUCCACAUUACUAACGUGAACCCGGAUUACACAGGACCUGAGCCCAAACGGUCCAGAACAGCUUACACCCGGCAGCAGGUUUUGGAGCUUGAAAAGGAGUUUCAUUUUAACAGGUAUCUGACCAGGCGGCGACGGAUUGAGAUUGCCCACACUCUUUGUCUCUCCGAAAGGCAGAUCAAAAUCUGGUUUCAAAACAGACGGAUGAAAUGGAAGAAAGACCACAAACUACCCAACACCAAGGGCAGAUCCGCACCAGCCAGCCAUCUGCAAAGCAUCCAGAAGGAUAACCAGACUGAUAUCACUUCAUUAUAAGAGAGGAGGAAGGUGUCACACCUUUAGAAAUAAACUGUACAUAUAAAAGGCAGAGGUUGCAUCUGACUUUUGCAUGGACUGAUGUUGUUUUUAGCCAUUUUUUUUUAUUUAACAAAGACCCCAGCAGUGUUGACUCAAGAGUCAGAAAACCAAUCAGUCUUUGUGAGAGUGAAAGGUUUGAAAGUUCUUCAUUGUUUUAAUUUCUUCAAAGAGACACAAAAGCAUCGAAAGAAACUUUUCAUUUUUUUUUUUUGGACGUUACCCACCUGAGGACAUUUAAUGAUCAACCUCGACUGGUUUCAUGGAUUUAAACAAAGUGUUGCAGCUCUGCCCACGUGGAUUCACGUUGGUUUAAAGAUUGAAAUAUCUUUAUUCAGAACAGGAAAACCUUUGGUUCAAAUUACACAGACACAGAGAGAUUAUUUCCGUUUAUCUUCCGAUUUAAUCCUCACUUUAAAUGCACAAUAUAUACAAAUAUACUUGAAGGAACCAAUAUUUGCAAAGAGCACGCCAAACACAACCUACUUUCGUGAGUUGCAAAAAAACCCGUUGAAUUUUUUGUCUACGUUUAUUUGUGACUAGUAUGUUUUAACUUAUUUUGUACAAUAAAGCUUAGAUUUGUUUUAGCCUAAAUAUUAUUCCUAAAAGCAAGACAUUCCUGUGUGCAUACUAUUCGGAGUGCCCUUAUAAAUCUCUCCUGACAUCUUUGUAAACAGUGUACAUUUUCAGAGGCUCUCUCGUGCCAUUGAAAGACUUAUAUGAAAGAUCAUUUGUUCCAGCAUGGCAUCAAAUUGAUAUUGGAUGUUUCUCAUCGGAAAAAAUCGAAUUCAGAAUAUUUAGGAGUAUAAUUGUUUAUUUUUUUUUAAAUAUGAUUUGUUUACGUUAUUAUUUAUUUGUUUAAAAAACGUGUACAUUUUCGUAAAGCACACAUACAAUUUUAAUUAAAAAUAUUCGUUCAACUUUAAUUAAUCUAAAAUAUGUUUGAACUCUUGUGGAUUAUUAGCAUGGCUUUAUGCAAAGUUUUAGUCUUUAGUUAAUGUGGGAAUCUUCUAGUUUUUCAUUUACACCGAGCUAACCGAGGGGGGCUUUCACGUCACGUUUCAAGACAGAUAUUUCUUGUUUUAUACCGUCAUUGUCUUCGGACAAAAAAAAAAGCACAGAAGCUCUCCCAGUACGAAGAGGUCUUCUCUGUGAAGCCUUUGCGAUGAGAGGCUUGAAAAGGUAUUUCAACCGAAGGUCGACAAAGCAGCAGUGGCAGGUUCAUCCAGGGGACACAUUUCAGCCGCAAGGACUGACCCCAACACCCCUGACCCGCCGAACAAGGGGCAUUUUCUCUCCCAGGCGCUGUUCGCUUUGGUUUGGAGGUUUUUUUUUCCACACUUAAAAAGCCAAAGCAUUCAAAGCAAGAGUCAGUGCGUGAAUUCCAUAUUUUUUACACGUGUUUCAACAGCAGGCCUAUUUAAAAGCUUCUGAUUUGUGCAUUUGUCUCCUUAUGUCAAUAUGCAAUCUUUUGGUUUUAUUUUUGUACAUGCUUUUUACCUUGUAUUGUGCAUUGAGAUGCGAGAAGUAUAUUGGAAAA